UCCCCUGACAGUGUCAAGGUGCAAAAAAUAAAAAUACAGACGCGCCGCGCCUUGCCUUGCCUCACUUUGUUUUUUCCUCCUUCUUGCUUGUCACCAGUCAACUUAAUACGUCGAAGCGUUUCUUGGACGAGGGACUAAUGGGUCUUUUCUCUAUGCAGCAUCACCCCCACCAUCAGCCCCAGGGUCACGCACCUUCACAGCAGCAGCAGCAACAUCUGCAGCAGCACCAGCAACAUCCUCGACCCUCGAGCGUUGUUCAUCAACAGCAUCAUCCCCAGGCCCAGUCGCAGCAGCAUCCCUCCUACGCUUCCGCCGGACAUCCAAUUGCUCCCGCCUACCAGCAGCAGCAGAGCCAGCCCACCAACGCCCAGCAGCACUCCCAGGACGGUCUUCCUUACUACGCCCACCCGAGUCCCUACAGCACCCCAGGCGCGACAAGCGGAUACACAUCCGCUGAUCAAUCCGACAUGAUGGCCGCCGCUCAAAUGCCGAGACCACCUUAUCCUCCCAUGUCCUACCACACACCGCAGUCGAACUCGCCCGCGUCGGUAGCCUCGCCUUCUCAACAUGACCAGCACAGAAGCAUCUACGGCCAGCCGCCGUCCCAACCUCUCCAGCAGCACAUGUACUACCAGACGCCGCAAGCCCACUACCCGUCGAUGCAGGCGCAACCUCAACAGUCUCCCUACGCGCAACAUGCCGCCCAGACGCACCAGUCCAUGUCUUCGCAGCCCAACAUGAUGAUGUCUGCGCAGUCCCAGCAGCAGCAGCAGCAGCAGCAACACAUGCCCCAGCACCAGGCGCAACAACACCAGGCCCAGAUGACCAACAGCCCGCGCGGCCAGAUGAAGACGGAGCCCCAGGUGCCGCUGCAGCUUCAGAAGCCCCAGACGACUCCCAUGCAACACCAACAGCACCCCCAGAAUGGCGCUGCCCUGAACACGCCUACAGGAUCGACUCCUGGCGGUGUCAACCCCAACGCGGCACCCGGUCCCAUCCCGGCCACUACGCCCUUGGUCGUCAGACAAGAUCAGAACGGGGUUCAAUGGAUCGCGUUUGAGUACUCUCGCGACCGCGUCAAGAUGGAGUACACCAUCCGCUGCGACGUUGAGUCGGUCAACACGGACGAGCUCUCUGCUGAGUUCAAGACGGAGAACUGCGUUUACCCUAGAGCCUGCUGCCCCAAGGACCAAUACCGAGGCAACCGCCAAGUAUACGAGACCGAGUGCAACACGGUCGGAUGGGCUCUUGCCCAGCUGAACCCUCCUCUGCGCGGCAAGAGAGGUCUUAUCCAGCGCGCCGUGGAUAGCUGGCGCAACAGCAACCAAGACCCCCGGCUCCGAAGCCGAAGAGUGCGCCGAAUGGCUAAGAUGAACACUCGCAAAUCGGUUCAGGGCGGUCCUCACCCCGGCCACAUGGGCGGCCCCAGUCCGCCAGGGAUGCCUCAAGGUGCGGGUGGCAUGGGCCCCGCGGGUGCAUCAGCCAAGAUGCCUGGAAUGAACAUGGGUCAUAUGCCGCACACCAACGCUCCGGGUGGAGGGGAUGAAGUCGGUAUGUUUCACCAGAUGUGAUUAAGAAGCCCUCCGCAUCUGCAGCGUUUGCGAGCCCAGUCGUUGUUUGUUGUUGAUUGUCGUUGCAUCGCACAUACACACUGCCCGGCACAACCCCCAAAGAUCGUUGAUUAUGUGAUACCUUUCCCCCCU